CAAGAAAAAGAGGUCAGCUCAAAAUGCUAGCGCUAAAAAACAAGAGGGAAUCACAUACGAAUCGGAAUAUGCAAUGUCAGCAGGAACACAGUUUUCCUUCGACCAGCUAGUUCAAUCGCACCAAAAAAACGUUGCUGAUAAUGAUGAUGAUGAUGAUUCAACGUUGAUUUUAUUCGAUCUCGAAACUAGUAGUCUGAGCAGAAAUAUGGCAGAAAUAUGUCAGAUUGCAGCACGUCAUGAUGAAAAUGAGUUCAACGUGUAUAUGGUUCCAAAAAGUAUAGCUCCGAAAGCAACAAAUGUUACAGGGUUGCAUGUUGAAAACAACGAUCUGUUCUUACACAAUGUGUUACUGCCUACUCUACCACCUCGAGUUGCAUUCGACAAAUUCAUGAGUUUUUUGCGCUCUGUUCAAAAUAGAGUUAUUUUAGUUGCUCACAAUGGACUGAAGUACAUAAAAACAAUAUCUCCUCAUAAACAUUCAUUAAGUAUAUAUUUUGAAACAUUUCCAUCACUUCCCAUAGGUUUGAUGCUCCCAUUAUUCUGCGAUAUCUCCAAAAAUACGGGUUUCUUGAAGAAUUCGAAAGGAUUACUCGUGGUUUCUCAGAUACUUUGCCCAUUUUUAGAAAUGAGCUGAAGGAUCGAGCUAACCAGAAAAAGAGUUUUUCUCUGACGUCUUUA